AUGACUAAACGUGCGCGACGAACGCAUCCAAACAAGUUUGUGCCCAAAGCUACUGUUCGCAGCGCGGAUGAGCGCGAACAUGCAUGGACAUGUCAACUGACGAACAUCGUCAGUCAUUCAACGUUCGCACAUCAGGACAAGACGAUGCAGACACGUUCGACCACCAACAACGUGAAGACAACACGUGAUAUUGCGGACAGAAUACACAAACAAACGGUCAGCAACUCAAAUCAAAUAGCUCCACCACCAGAAGAAGUAGCUCAACAGUCAUCAGAACAGGAUCAGGAUCCAGUUGUAAUCGUGUCGAACCGUGACUCAACUACUUCACAACAGAUUUUCGUACAAGACAACAUCGGCCACGAGGAAGUAAAAAUGGUACGUGCCUCGCAAUCUGGUGGUUCACUUAUGAUGUCUACAUCCCAACAUAAUAUUCGCCAAGGACACAGGAAUGAAGAGGCAAGAGGCAGACUGUUCUGUGUGGGAAUUUCCACUCAGACGAAAUCAUCCAAGAAUCUGGACUACGUGCGCCUCAGUUCGGGGGAAGGUAUUACAUUGUACUGUAAAGCGGAUACUUCUGUACCUUUCACUUUUCGCUUCGGUGACGAGUGUCACCCUAAUAUGCGUAUUCGUGUACGUCCAGAGUACACUGAAGAUAGAUACUCGAACAAGACCGUUGAGAGGUGUCCAAAUCAUCUGGUCAAAGAUAACACUGAAACUCGCAAUCACUUCUUGAGAUGCGAACAUCCUGACACUGAGUACCUUGGUUCCGAGGAUGCAUUUGCUGUACGCAUUCCCAUGUGCGAAUCGACAGGCUUUUUCUUCACCUGUUUCAGUUCCUGCUCUGGAGGAAUAAAUCGCCGUCCAGUACAGCUCACAUUUGUACUAGAAGACAAUGAUGGAAGAGCAGUUGAUACUUGCUUCGUUGCUCUGAAAGUAUGUGCUAAUCCGUUGCGGGAUGCAUCCAAGGAAAAUGGAAGAUUUGAGCCUCGUAUCGUGGACUUCAAUGGUGAGAGGGACGUCUACGGGGCUGCACUGCAUCGGAAGCGUGCUCAGAGGUUCACUGGCGAAAUUAUAAAACGGCCCCGUUAUCGUGGCUAUUCGGAUGAGAAUUGCCACGUGUACGAGAUCCAUCUGACUGACAUUAGAAAGGUGCGUAAAGUGCUGUGGAUGUUGAUGAAUGAAGAGAAAUUUGAUCAGCUGAUGAGUUUGGAGAAAGAGGGUAUUCCAUAUCGUGAAAUCUGUGUACUCACGGCUGAUACAACAAUAAAAGCAUGGCUCAGUCGGAGCGAAAUAGGACUCGGCUCAUUGGCAGUGGAUUUUGAAAGGAAUUCUAUCUACACCCUCGGCGAUCUAUCCCGAGUUUAUCGCCAUGAUACAUUCAGUCGUUUUGGCUUCACAACUGAACAAUGUGUUUUACUGAAUAGAGUAUUCCAAGAAUGGAAUCAAUUAAACAGAGCAAUUGCUACGGGACAAAUGAGCGUGAGCAAUGGGCUCGGACAUUACCCUCACAUGAAGGUCGUAUACAAUCCGCACAUCGCCGGGAAGCGUCUCGUUAUCUCGGAAUUGUUACACCAUUCUCGACGACAUUUGAGUAUACUUGUUAAGCAGAAAUUUUCUGGAUAUAGAAGUUUCUGA